AUGGACCGGAAAACUCGAUCGGAUGGCUGCCCAAAGCCAGCCGAGCGACAAGGGUCCGCUUUUCUUCAACAGACAAGUGCUUUUCGGGAACACGGUGCGCACGAUGAUCAAUGCAGCUGGUUACUAGAAUUUAAAUGGACCCUUCAAAUAUUGUCAGACAUUCAAGCAUCCAUCAAUGCAAACAGGGAAAAACAGCUGACUUUUGUUGAGCCAAAAGAUAUCGUCAGGUACACGGGAAAGAAGCUUCGUCGAGACAUGUUUCAUAAGAGUACAAUCUCGGAUGGCACAAUGAAAGGAAGAAAAAAG